CACGCGGCUGUGUUGAACUAACUGGGAGUAGCCAAAUCUAUACGUGUCGUGCAGUUUACAUUAAUCCUCCGAUCAAGAUGACUGUCACUGUCCAACUAUGAUCUGAGAGGAGAUGAUAGCAGAGCCAAAUUUAUUGUCCAGAUCGGUGCAAAAAGAGAACUCAGUAGUUGACGUCUCUUCCUGUGCAUCGGUGCAUCACGUCACAAGUGAGAGAAAUGAAAACAGACAGAAGACUGUGAGAGGAAAGAGGAAAGCCAGGGAAUGCUCUGAGAAUGCCAAACGAAAGCAUUCAAAGUGCAGUAAUGGCAGCCUGGGCAGAGCAGAGAACGAACAGCUCAAAAAUGGAGAUGUGGAAGCCGUCACGUUGUUUGAAGUGGUCAGCAUGGGCAGGAGUGCCAUGCAGGCUGUGGUGGAUGACUGGAUUGACGCAUAUACUGGUGACAGAGACACAGCACUGCUCGAUCUCAUCAGCUUCUUUAUCCAGUGUUCAGGAUGCAAAGGGAUGGUUACAGCAGAGAUGUUUCAGAGCAAGAAGGGUACUGAUGUCAUGAGUAAAAUGGUGGAGGAUCUGGAUGAGGAUACAGGUUUACAAUACAAGAAGUUCCUUGCAUUUCCAUGGAUUUUAACUGUCACAUGGCCUCUGGACAUGGACGGUGGCGAGUAUCCCCUCAUCAUGUCCGGCCUGUACUGGAAGAGGUUUCGUUCACACUUCUGUGAGUUCGUAUCGGUGCUAGUGGCGCAGUGUCAGAACUGUGUAAUCUUUGACGGCUACCUCUUGAACACACUCAUUUCACUGCUGACAGAGCUCUCCGAUUCCAGAGUUCGUGCUUUCAGGCAUACCUGUACGCUAGCAGCAGUGAAGCUGCUCAGCGCUUUGGUGAAUGUGGCUCUCAACCUCAGUGUCAGUGUCGAUAACAGUCAGCGGCUGUACGAGGUCGAGCUGGCCAAGAUGGCCAGCAAACGGGCUUCUCCGAGGCUGGACAGGAUCCAGAGAAAGAUCAGUGAGUUACAGGAAAGGAAAUUUGAAAUUGAGAACAUGAUGGAUGCCAUUUUCAAAGGAGUCUUCCUGAAGAGAUACAGAGACGUGAUUCCUGAAAUCAGGGCCAUCUGUAUGGAGGAACUGACGAUGUGGAUGAAGCUGUAUAGUUCAGUGUUUCUGAACGACAGCUAUCUGAAGUACGUGGGAUGGAUGAUGCAUGACAAGCAACCUGAUGUGCGUCUGAAAUGUGUGCUGGGUCUACAGGGACUUUAUCAGGAUCAAAGUUGUUCCAAAAUGGACCUUUUCACGAUACGGUUUAAGGAGAGGAUAAUCUCCAUGACUCUGGAUAAAGACCAUGAAGUGGCCAUACAGGCCAUGAGAUUGCUCAUGGUCAUCUCUCAAUCCUGUGAGGAUGUUCUGAGUCCUGAUGAGCACAAAAACUUCUUCCAAUUUGUGUACUGCUCCCACAGACCUCUUGCUACCACUGCGGGUGAAUUCCUCUACAAUAGGCUGCUCGGUAACCCUGAAUUAUCAAGGCCCAGAGACGGAGCCUCCGAACAGGAGAGAGACAGAGAGUUAGUCUUAGCCAGAGUCCGAGCCCUUAUCCACUUCCACACUGAGAGCGAGCUGCACCAGCAUGUGCUGUACCUUGUGGAUAGUCUGUGGGACAGUGCAGGAGCUCUGCUGAAGGACUGGAAUGGUCUUACCUCACUGCUCUUACCUCACACAUCCUGUCAGGAACAAGCUCUGAGCAGUGCUGAGGAGGCCUUUGUGAUUGAGCUCCUGCUGGCGUCAGUGAAGCAGGCUGCAGAGGGUCCGCCUUUGUCAGGGAGAGGGGCAGGCAAAAAGGUGAUAAAUACUAAAGAGAAAAAGUUACAAAUUGAUGACUGCACAAAACUCACUGAACACUUCAUUAAAGUGCUGCCUGAACUGUUAUCUAAGUACUCAGAGGAUGCUGAAAAACUGACCUCCCUUCUAAAAAUACCUCAGUAUUUCCAGACGGACACCUGUGAUCAUGAAAACUCACAGUGUGUGCAGGCAUUGUUGGCUGAGUUGGAGGCUGCGGUGGACAGACACACAGAUGCUGGGCUGCUGGAGACGGCUGCUCGUUCCUACCAGAGCCUCUGUGCUCAGGAUUCGCCCUGGCACUCUCUGGCCCAGCCCAGCUUUGACCGGCUCAUCCAGCACUGGACAGACACACUGGGAACACGGUUUGGAGAAUCACAGAGUGACGGUUGUUUCACUGCAAACGAGGACAGCACUUUGGAAAUUCUGUCCACACUGAAGAAACUUAAUGCGGUCAACAUUGCUCAGGAUCUGUCUAAAUGGAGCCUGUAUGAGCUGGGGACCAGACUCCUGGACGUAGAGAUAAAACAUGGUGGUCUUCCCAUGGAGGUGACAGUUGAGGCUCUGCGCUUCAUGUGUAACUGCGUCCUUUGGAAGCUCAACACCUUUGGAGAAGGUGUGACCUCCAGGGAUGGUUUUCAGGGUGGGCCCAAAACUAACACUCACUAUGUGCCAAAUCUGAGUAAAAAGCGAGUGGCUGUGGCGAGUGGCUGUGGCGAGUUGAUGAAAUGUAUGGCACAGGCUUACAUUCCUAGGCGUGAAGCCAUAUGGCAGACAUGGAGCCACAUCGAGCGUUCUUCACAGCCUGUAUCGCUCACUGCUGUCAUAUCUCCCCUGCAGUACUACAAUGACUUCGGCGACAUCAUCAAAGAGACCCUGAACAGGACACGGCAGAUGGACAAGAUGGAAAGCGCACGCACACUGGUGCAAUGCCUUCAGCAGCUGUAUCUGAGGCUGAAACAGGAGCAGGACAGAGGAAACACCUGCAGCUCCAGGGUUCAGACCUACAGCAGCAUCAAGGAGCUGGCCAGACGCUUCUCACUCACCUUCGGAUGGGACCAGAUCAAAUCCCGCGAGUCCCUGGCCAUGAUCCACAGGGAUGGCAUUGAGUUUGUUUUCAAAGGGUUCGUUCAGCAGUUUGAGAAACACUCUCCACCAUACAUCUCAUACCUCACCAUCCUCAGCGAAUUCUCCAGCAAACUGCUCAAACCGGACAAGAAGACUAUCUACAGUUAUUUGCAGAAAUUUGCUGGUGAGCAGGUCAUCAACAACAGAGAGGAGAGCUGGAUGCCACUGAUUUACUACAGAGCGUCUCUGAUGGGCACAGCCGAGGGAGAAGAUGCCAUCUCCUUCAUCAGCUCUGACACCAACAAACAGCCCUCUCUCACCAACCGCUCCAGAUCGCCUUCUGUCAAACAAGUCAACUCUGAAGGGGACCAGAGGUUUCUUUCUCCCUAUUCAGAACCAAAGGGAAACAAGCUUUUGAAAAGUUCUGAAGACUCAAAAGUCCAACAAGCUCCACUGAGCAAAGAGCAGCUGACCAGCAGUCUCGUGUCUGCUACAGGUCCACAGAGCAGUGCUGAAGUGGAUGUGGAUAUUGUAGAUAUUGAUGUCUAAUGUUGUAGUUCACAUCUGUCAUGACAUUUUUUGUAUUAACUGUCUUGAGUGUUGGUAAAAGACAGCAUUUGAACGUUUGCACUACAUAAUAUCCUGUAUAUGAAAAUUGUGCCAUUUAAAAUGAUCAGAUUCAGAUCUAAUAAGGCGGGGCUGAAUACUUGUAAAGAAUGUAAAUUCAUGGUGCAUUGCUAUUGCAUAAAUUUUGCACUUAGCCUGUGUGGGCUUAAAAAGACAGAAUGAUGCACUUUCAAAUCUUGUGUAAAACAUCAUUCAUGGCUAACUAGCGCAAAAAGAAAAAUAU